UCUGAGACUCAAUUAGGGAUGGGGGCAGGAUAUGAACAAAGUACCAAAGCUAUUUUUAAACAUUUAAGAAUGAAGCUCAUCUUCGGCAAAGAACAGAAAACGUGGCAAGCUAAGCAGAAGGCUAUUAUUGAGCAUGAAGUUAGCGUGAACAAACGCGAGGAAGCGGUUGACGCUCGGGAAAAGGCUGUUAAAAAGCGAGAAGUCCAAGUUGCAAGUGAUGAGAAAGAGCUCCGUCGUAUGCUCGAAUCUACAACGAAGAUGCAUAAGGAUGCAUUGAAGUAUAUCAAAUUACUCGAGGAUAGGGAGAAGAACAUUGACAAAUAUGAAAACGACGUUCGAAUCCAGCUUCAGAAUAUGAAUGCUGCUAUUGGUAAGAUGACAGAGGACAUGAAUCUUCUGAAAGGGGAGCUCGGACAGAUGAAGGAGAAGCUGAAUCUGAUAGAUGUCAUGAAGGGCCAAAUUGCAACUCUAACUGGCUUCAUGCAUAGUCGACUCGAAUCUAAGAGUCGAAAGAAGAAGGAGAAGAUGGUGAAAUAG